AUGGAUAUAAUCGAAGAUUGGGUGGAUCGUGUCAUGUCUUGUUUUUAUCGAGAUAGGUUUGUAUUUCAUUAGAAAGCUCUAGAAAUUCUACAAAAUUCCAAAAAAAAAAUCAAUCUCGAUUUUCAGAGAUAAAGAUGAUCCCGAAAAGCACAUAAACAAUCAUUUGAUACUUCCGCCAACUCCUUUGGAUCCAGCAAAAGUUGACAAAGAUUUUGAAGUUCUUGUGGUUUGUUAAAUAAUUUUUUUAAAUCUCAAAAAAAUACUUGUCAAUUCAUUUUGUUUUUAUUUUCAGAAAGAACUUGGUUUGGCUGAAGAAAAACAAAUGGAAAUGCAAAAUUAUUCGCUGGAAAAGAAAAUGUCAUUAUUAGUAUCACAACAUGUGAGUUGAUUUAUUCACGGGUUGAAGGGAAAACCCGAAAAAAAAAACAACAACACUCGAAUCAAAACGAAAACCCAAAUUGAAUUUAACGAGAUAGUAUUGAAAUAAGAGAGAAUUCGACAAAAAUAGCCAAUUUCGAUUUAUAGAUUUGCAUAUAUUUGGAUCGGUUAUCCCAUUUUGACUAAUUCUCGAAAUAAUUGUUCCAAAUUCUUCUUCAAAAACAAAUUGUCUUUUUCAUUUUUCCAAGAACAAAUAAUUGUUCAAAUUAUUCAAGUGUUUUAUUUGUUUUUGAAAUUUAUCCAUUCUUCGCACCCAAAUAAUUUUCGAGGAUUUUUUUUUGUUAAUUUUUAACAAAUAAUAUUAUUUUGUUGUUUCAGUGUCUUCAAAUUGAAGACGCAAACAAAUUCAUUCAAUUUCUGCGAAAUUUGAAAAAUUCAUUUGUGAUUGAUUCGACUGCUUUGAGAUUGCUACAAGAAUUGGUGAUUUCGCUGAGAACACAGAAUUUCAGGUGAGUAAUUUGGGGACCAAAACUAAACCUCUAAAAAAAUUUGUUGCCCAGUUUUACCUCCGUGAAAAAAAUUUCAAAAAUUGCUAAAUUUUUUUCCAAUUUGAAAUGAACUUCAAAUUUCCUUGUUCACGUUCACGGAAAUUUUCCAUUUUUUUCAGUAUUUUUUUUCAGAAAAAAAUGUGGCCUUGCUAUUUAUGCGGGAUAAAUUUAUUCAAGUUCAUUCGUUUUUUUCAUGUUCCAUUAAAAUAAGUACAAAAAGAUGAUUCUAGUCUAACCUUGACUUUUUUCUGCAAACUUUUCCUUUUUUUCUGAACAUUUAUUUUUUAUUCACAAAAUAUUUCAAAAAUUAGCACUUUUUAUUUCUUUCUCACCAUCUGACGCCCGCUUUGAAUUCAAAUAAAUUAUAACCAAUUAUUCCCAAUGGUCCAAUAAAAUAAAAUGAAAUGUAAUAAAUGUUGUUUCAUUUCAAUUAUCAGAUGAAUUCUGUGUCCAAUUCAAAAUAUUUUAUUCUUUCAGUUAUCUCGAAGAUUUUCUGGCUCAAUCUGGUUUGGAAUUAUUGACAGAUUUAUUAUCAAAUUGUCAUUUACAUUACAAUCUUGAAGAACCUGCAUUAUUCUUUUUAUAUGCUUUGAGAGCACUUCUCAAUUCACCGGUUAGUUUUUAUGGAAAAAUGAAGAAAAUGACAAGAAUGUUCGAUAGACAAACAAUAGAAUUAAAAUAUUUAUAAUUUAGUGAAAAUGUGCCUAAACCAUUAUUCACGGCAGGCAAAAAAGGAGCCUAAUCUUUUCAUUAAAUAUAUCAUCAAAUGUUUAUACAAAAUAGAACCACUGAAUUUUUAAAAAAUAGUAUUCGUGAUUUAUUCGUGAUUUUUGGAAUUUUUAAAACCAUAUUUUUUAAAAUCGUUUUUAUAACUGAAAUUAUAUCUUGUAUCUGCAUAGGUCCUCAACUUUUUUCAAAUGAAAAAUUGAAUCACUGAAAACUCGAAUUUCUUUCGUGAAAUGAUUUUAGAGCUGUGAGGUUUUUCAGGUCUUACUCUUCAAGAAUAACCAUGAGAUUUUGAAACUAAUUCAUAAUAAAUUUCCCUUACGAGUUCCCCUAACUGUCUUUGCUCAUGAAAAAAAAGGAAUGAUAUAGGUUUCAAGUUUUCACGUGUUCCAUUUUCUUUGUUCUAUGACGUCGAAGUUUUUUUUUCCUCAGACACACCUUCACUUAACAUUUAUUAAUCCUUCCUUGUCGAACAAAAUUUUUCCGCACCGGAAAAAAUCGAACAUAUUUUAUUUUAUUUCAUUUUAUUCAUCAUUUUUUUAUUCAACUUACAGUACUAAAUUUUAAGUAGUUUUUUUUAAAAAGUAAUUGGAUAUUUGUUUGAAAUAUUUAUACUCAAAUUGAAAUAUGAUAUUUUUCCAGAAGUUUUUCUUAUUUCCAUAAUGAAAUUUGGUGCCAAAAAUAAAUUAAUAAUAUUAUUUUCAGAACGGACGAAACGCAGUUCUUCAAAAUGAACUCGUAUUAUUGAAUAUUGCGAGAGCUAUCGAUUUUCGUGAUUUCAAGUGUAAAGUAAGUUUUUUUUCGGAAAAGGCUUUAGUUCUACAGUGACAAAAACUACAGUAAUCUAACAAUUUUGAUCUUCUAGAAAUUUUCUAGAUAGCGCAAUAUUUUUGAUUCUAAAAAAAUUAUAAAACCCGAACUACAAAAAACACAGUAAUUCUAGAUUUAUUCAGACUAAAACAUUCCUUUUAUCCAAAAAUAUCCUACAGUAACCCAAACUACAAAAUCUAAAACCUUAUAGCCUACUCAUAUUUAGAUUAGGGUUACUGUAGUUCUCAGAGUACUGUAAUUUUCAGACCCUUUUUUUCUCAUUGAAAAAUUUACGAAAAUAUAUUGCUCGUUAGAGAUAUUUUGCAAAAGUGUAAUUUAUUUUUAUUCUUGUUUACUUCAUUUUUCGUUUGUACAAUUUCCUUUCCGGAAAGAGGUUCUUAUCAUUAUUUUUGGAAAAAAACAAGAAAAUAAUAAUAAUUAUGUUGUUCCCAAUUUCAUAACUCAAAAAAAAACAGUAUAAAUAGAGCUUCCAAACUCUGAUAAUCAGAGUAUUGUUUUCCAAAAACAAAACAAUCGUUACUUAUUCUGCUGAACAUUUCCCUUUCCGGUUCUAGAAUUUCGAAACAUUUUUUUAUUUUCUCCAAGUUUUUUUCACCCACAAAGAGUAUUUUCAAUCAUUCAUUCAUUCAUGAAUUAAAAAUUUCGUCAUAUUUUUGACAGGUUUUUCUCUAUAAAAAUAAAAAGUUUUUGAUUUUUCUCCUCCGGAAUUUCGACUAAUCCGUCCUUGAUAUACUUUUGCAUCGGAAAAGGAAAUUUGGAAAAUAAGAGAAAGGAUUACUUUUCGGAUAAUAAUAUUAUCGCAAAAUCGUAAAUGAAAUUGUGUUUUCAUUUUGAAUACAUUUUAUUACAGUAUUUAGCAAACCUAUGUACAUAUGUUCCAAAGUGAAAGUUUUCAAAUUUUUAUUCAUUUUUUUUUGAAAAAAUUUGCUUGACACACUUUUUAUGACAAUAAAAAAUAUUUGUAGAGUACUGUAUAAGUCAAUCAAAAUAGAUCAAUAUCUUGCGCAAAAAAGUUUCUUUCUCUCCCUUCUUUUUUUUGUGGCUCUAAACAGAUGUUUCGUCUAAGUCUCUUAUUCUUUCACACUCUCUCAUCGUAUAUCUAUCACAUCCUAUAUUUUGGUACAUAUUAUUAGUUACUUACCAAAAAUGUUGUUAGGUCGAAUAUUUCUGAUUUAUUUUCCAGUUCUUUAUUUUUAUCCGCAAUGGAUAGUUUUUGUGGUAAGCUGAGAUUCUUGAAAAAAUUUAAAAUUUUUAUAAAAUUUAAAAAUGUGAAAUAAAAUUUUUUGUUUUCAGAUCGUUGCGGUCGAAAUUCUUUCCGGAUUGUGUUUUAUUCCCGAAGAAGGACAUUCACAAGUUUUGAAAGCAUUGACAAAGGUGAGCACAGUAUUCCGAUCGCAAAUAAUUUAUUUUCUAUCUAAACUUUUGGAAUUUUUCCCAAAAAGCUUACAGUAUCUCUAAAUCUGUGAUAUGUUUUUUCUAUUGUUAUUUCAUAUUAUCACAUUGAUAAAUAAUAAUCAUAACAAUAAUACGAAACACAUUCCAUUCCAUGAAAAAAAUAAUAAUAGAAACCAUAUGAGAUGAUAGUACAUAUAACAAAUAUACCAGUUUUUUUUCAAAAUAUGCGUUCCCAUGAUUAUUUUAUUCCAUAAUUGUUUUCAGGUUACUUCUUUAUUGGGAGAACGAACGAGAUUUCCAAACACUUGUUGCUGAUAUUCAUAGAAAUUAUUCGAGUGAUCGAGACACUGAUCGAGUAAGAACAUCAAUUCUUGGAUUGAUAAAUGCGAUCUUGAGAACUGGACCGGCUGAGGUAAGCAAAAUAUUUAUAUAUUCAUGAUUUUUAAAAAAAAAUAUAUAUAUCAAAUCGCAUUUCACCUUUUUAUUAUGAAAACUGGCCGCUAAAACUUUCUAAAUAAUGUUCACUUUUCCAUGAUAAUUUAUUUAAAAAGUACAAUUUUUUGGUCACUUUCUUUCAUAUUCAUCUAACUAUCUACAUAGAUAUUUUAUUUUCAGAAUUGUUCAAUUUAUCGUCAACAUCUUCGUUGUGAAUUAUUAUUAUUAGGAAUGUCAACUGCUCUCGAUGUUUGUCGUUCUGGUUCAUCAACUCGUCUCGAAGAUCAUCUCUGGAUCUUUUCGAAAUGAUGCAAAAAGAAGAUGAGAUAAGUUUAUCGGAAUCAACGACUUCGAGUCAAAUUGAUUCCGGAAGUAGUAGUCCGAUUGAUUAUGAAAGUGCUGUUGGAAUGGCUGAAGCAUUGAAUAGCAAACUGAAACAUAGUCAAGCAUUGCCACAUUUUAUUUCGCUAUUACAACAUUUAUUCAUGGUUCCUUGUGAUGAUCAACAUAUUCCACUUUGGCGACUUUUUGAUCUAAUUCUUCAACAUCUAACAUUGCAAUCAACAGUUAAUGGAAUGACUGAUGUUCAAACACCAAUUCAGAAUAAUAUUGAUAUGAAUGAAAUAUUGGCACGACUUCAAAAUCAUUGUGAUUAUGAAAGAAUUGAAAAAGAACUCGAAAAAACACGAGAACAAAUGGAAACUGAACGAACAAGAUGUAUUGAAUUGGAAAAUCGACUUGCUGAUUAUUCAGAUGUUCGAAUAUCAUCAGGUUCAAGAAUAUCACUUGCAUCAUCAAGUCCAUCAGAUCCCUGUCCAUCUCCACCACUUAUCAAUUCCUCUUCAAAUCUUCCACCAAUUUGUCCCCCAACUUGUCCGCCACCUCCACCUCCGCCAAUGAAUAUAUCAGCAAAUCAUUUGAAAUCAAAAGAUGAGCAGAAAAAUAUUCCAACUCCAUCGAAUAAUACAAAAAGUUUGAAUUGGGCAAGAGUUGGACAAGAAAAAUCGAAAGGAACAAUUUGGGAUGGAAUAUCGAUUCAAGAAGAGGAGAAAAAACAUAUAAAAUUAUGGAUUUGAAUGAUUUGUCAGCUUGUUUUGCAGCAACUUCUUCACAUAAAGAUGAUGAUAAUGAAACUGUUUAUGGAACAAUCAAUCGAAGACCACAAGCUAAUGUGAGUUUGAAAUAGAAUGCGAGAAAAUAGAAAGAAUAAAUUGUAUUUUCAGAUAUCUGUAAUUGAUCCAAGAAGAUAUCAAAAUUGCACAAUUAUGUUAUCAAAACUGAAAUUGAGCCAUAAAGAAAUAUGUCAAGCAAUAAUGACAAUGGAUGAAAAAUCGAAAUUGCCAAAAGAUAUGAUUGAGCAAAUGCUUAAAUUUGUUCCAACAAAAGAAGAGCAAACAUUGAUAAAUGAGGCUGUUCAGAAAAAUGGAAAUGGCGAACCAACAGUUCUUGCAUUAGCUGACAGAUAUAUGUUUGAAGUUUCCAAGUAAGUUAGAAAAUCGGGUGGAUGAGACUUAUGGUCUAGGAAUUAAAUUUUUAAAUUUUUCAUAGAAAAAAAAAAGAUUGCCACGUCAUCUGGGAGGUUUCCGACAAGCAAAAUUUUCAGAAAAGCUUCCCUUUCUUAUAUCAGAAAUUCCUAGUUCCUCUAAGUUAAAACUUACUAUUUUAGGAUAAAACGAUUCGAACAACGUCUCCGAUGUCUUCAUACAAUUCGAACAUUCCGUGAUCGAAUCGAUACAAUUGUUCCUUGUAUAAAAGGAGUUGUAAAUGCAACAAAUGCACUUCAAUCAAGUAAAAGAUUCCGACAAUUUCUAACAAUUGUUCUUGCGGCUGGAAAUUAUUUGAAUAGUGGAAAAAGAAAUGGAAAUGCUUAUGGAUUUGAAUUGAAUUCACUUAAUAAAUUAACCGAUGUUAAAUAUUCGACAAGACAAGAUAGAAAUUUAUUACAUUGGAUUAUUCAAUUUAUCGAGAAGAAAUAUCCAGAUAUCACGAAAUUGAAAAGAGAUUUGAGUACUGUACUUGAAGCUGCUCGAUUUAGUCAAUCUGAAACUGCGGCUGAAAUUCGAAGUCUUGAAGAAUCAAUUUUGCUUAUUCGAAGAGAAUUGAAUAUUCUGGAAACACCGGAAUCAGUUCCAGAAAAAGAGGAUAAAUUUGAAAAAGUUGCGAAAUCUUUCAUUUCUUCCGCAACAACUGAAUUCCAUAAUUUGGAAAAACAAUUCAAAGAAAUGAAAUUGAAAUUCGAAGAAUGUUCAAAAUAUUUCUGUUUCCAAUCUACAACUUCGCCAGAAGAAAUGUUUUCUGUGAUUUCGAAAUUUUUAACAACAUUCACUGAAUAUCACCAUCAAUUAUGGAAUGAAAUCGAAGAAGAAGAAAAAGCCAAAAGGCAAACUAUUGCAAGAACAUUUUUAGCCAAAAAAUGUAAGCUUGAACCUUUUUUUUUGAAAAUAAUUAAUAAUUAUUAUUUUUCAGCUACCGCUCGUCGAAAUACAAAUCAUAAAGAACGAGAUUUUGAACAAUUAAUAAGUGCACUUCAAUCUGGUGAUAUAUUUAAAGAAGAAUUAUCAAGGCUUCGAACAUCAUUCAGACCAAAAAAGACAAUUAAAUAA